CUCUUGUUCAUUGACAAGCUGGGAUUCAAGAUGGCCAUCGGGCCGGGUUGUAUUGAGCCUCAUAAAGAGGCCUAACUCUCUCUCGAAGUGGGACAUAAUUAGAGCCUGUGCGCCUCCCACAGCUAAAAUCACAUGGAAGCUGCCCCUCUCUCUCUGUGUGACGUCUGACGUCUUGCCGGACCAAGCCGGUAGUUUACCAAGGGGGUUACAGCUGCUAAUCGGACCUCGGCUUUCCUCCACAUCUUAUUGUAAUGCGCCGCGCAGCAAUGGCGCGAAGCUACAAGAAGUCUAUUAUCUCAAGACUCCAUUGUCCUCAUCCCCAGUGAAGUCAUCUUCUGUAUCACGAGUAGCUGCUCUCCCAACAACCUGCAUCGAAGCAAACAUGUCGCAAUCGAAGCCGGUCCUUCCCCAGAACGAUAAUGUCGCCCAUGCGCUUGCCGGCGCAGGAGGGGGUAUCCUUUCCAUGGUGUUGACCUACCCACUCAUCACCCUCUCCACGCGCGCGCAGGUCGAGUCGAAGCGCGCACACACGGCCUUCGUGACCGCCGUGCAGCGGAUCGUCGCCCGCGAGGGCCUGGCGGGCCUGUACGCGGGGCUCGACAGCGCGCUGGUGGGCAUCAGCGUGACCAACUUCGUCUACUACUACUGGUACGAGUGGACGCGGGGCUUCUUCGAGGCCGCCGCAACCAAGGCCGGCCGCGCCAGCAAGAAGCUCACCACCGUCGAGUCCAUGAUCGCCGGCGCUAUCGCCGGCUCCGCCACCGUCAUCCUGACGAACCCCAUCUGGGUCAUCAACACGCGCAUGACCACCCGGAAGCGCCACGACCAGGACCAGGAAGACGGGGAGUCGUCGGCCGCGGCCGAGGAGGGCACGGCCGGCGGCUCGAAGCCGGCAGCCCCGAAGCCGACCACCACCAUCGGGACGCUCCUCAGCCUCCUCCGGAACGAGGGCCCGCGCGCGCUGUUCGCGGGCGUCGUCCCCGCCCUGGUGCUGGUCAUCAACCCGAUCCUGCAGUACACGCUGUUCGAGCAGAUGAAGAACGCCGUCGAGCGCCGCCGGCGCGUCACCCCGGCCAUCGCCUUCCUGCUGGGCGCCCUCGGCAAGCUGUUCGCCACCUCGGUCACCUACCCCUACAUCACCGUCAAGAGCCAGAUGCACGUCGCCGCCCACGACGGCGAGAAGAAGGAGGGCAUGGCCGCCGCCAUCAGGAGGGUCAUCAGGGAGGAGGGCUACGCCGGCCUCUACAAGGGCAUUGGGCCCAAGGUCACACAGAGCGUGCUAACCGCGGCUCUCCUCUUCGCCUUCAAGGACGUCUUGUACGAGCAGACGGUUCGGCUGAGGAGUACUAUGGCAAGGAAGCGUCUUGCUGCGUAAAAGAAAUGUGCUCGGGACGAAACGUCGGCGCCGGCAUAGACGACCGAAGCCAGAAUGACUUUGCUGUACUAGUCGAGGAUGCGUUCACAUUGUGACUGCCCAGCACCAGGGCUGCAACUUGGUUGAGAUGGAUUACAACACGGAGUAGGCGAAGUGAGGAAGUUUUGGAGUAGGUAGUUAUACUGAUCAGAUUGUGUGUACAUUAAGCCGCUAUGAGGUGUAAGCUAGGCAUGAGAGACCGCGGAUAAAGGGAGUGAGCAGGAAAAGGGGUAUAUAGGUACAGGUUACGUUCGCUAA